AGUAGAUAUAUGGGUGGAAUUGACACCGCAAGGAGUCAGAAAACUAAAAGAAGAAGAAGAAGAUUGUUGAUAAACAAGACAACAAAACUUUGGUCUUCUGAGUUUUGGUCUACAGCAGGUCUACAAUGUCUUCACCGGAAUCUAAAGAGGAAAAUUCAUCAGAAUCUAGUGUUGCUAAUAGCAGCCAAGAUAGCACAGCUGGGAUGAGUAUGGAUCGUCUUCGCAGAUAUUUAGCAGAAAAAUUGGGGUUUUAUGAUGCAGAAGAGAGUACUGGGGAUUCUGAAAAUUUAAAGGUUUUAGAUGAUUUAAGUUUGGAUGGUAUAGUUGAUUACAUCAAGAAUAAAAAGUGCCAUAACAUAAUCACAAUGGCUGGUGCAGGGAUAUCUACUUCUGCAGGGAUACCAGAUUUUCGAUCACCAGGCUCAGGACUGUACCAUAAUUUACAAAAGUACAAUCUACCCCAUCCACAAGCUAUAUUUGAAUUGGAUUUUUUUAAAGAAAACCCAAAACCUUUCUUUGAACUAGCCAAAGAAUUGUAUCCUGGUACUUUCAAACCUACAGUUUGCCAUUAUUUUAUAAAACUGUUAGCUGACAAAGAAAUGCUUUUGAGACACUACACACAAAAUAUUGAUACCCUUGAGAGAGUAGCUGGAAUUCCUGGAGAAAAAAUUGUAGAGGCUCAUGGUACUUUUCAUACAGGACACUGUCUAGAAUGUGGAAAGGAGUACAGUCAAGAUUGGAUGAAAGUAAAGAUUUUUGCAAAUACUACACCUAUCUGUGAAAACUGCCCAGGAAUUGUGAAACCCGAUAUUGUUUUCUUUGGGGAAUCAUUGCCUACAAAGUUUCACAAGCUGCUAACUACAGAUUUUCCAAAGUGUGAAUUACUCAUUAUAUUGGGAUCUUCUUUGGCUGUUCAACCUUUUGCAUCUCUUGUGGAUAGGGCUCCUAAUGAUGUCCCGAGACUUCUUCUGAACCGAGAGAAGGCAGGUCAUCGUACAGGCAUGAUGGCUAUGCUGGGAAUGAGUGGAGGAAUGGACUUUGACUCCAAAAAUAACACUAGGGAUGUGUUAUGGUUGGGUGACUGUGAUGAUGGAUGUCAAUUGUUGGCUGAUAAGCUGGGAUUUGGAGAAGAACUGAAAGAAUUAUGUAGAAGAGAACAUGAAAAAAUCGAUAAGGAAAUUGAAAAAAACAAAGAGAAACCAAAACCACAGGACAAAGAAGACCAGAAAAAAGAAGUUGGACCCGCAGAGAAAGUAAAAGAAAAAUUGUGAAUAAUAUGCUACUAUAAUUCACAAAAAAAUGUUAUGUGUUAUUUAUAAUUAUUAUGAUCAAAUAUAAAUAAUUGUUCACAAAUUAAAUUAGUAACUCCUUCCAAAUAGUGUAUAGUAUAAAGGUUUAUUUGUGCAUGCUGGAUGAAUGCAUUUAUCCGUUGGUUUUAUGUCAGCAGGUUGUUCAAGUGGUAUGCAAAGAGAUUUUGCUCCCAUAGAUGGUGCACCUGGUUCAGCAUUAUCUCCAUCAUCCCUAGAAAAUCGUCAAGAUUGAAAUAUUUCAUAAAUACUCACCCAUAUACAAAUGGCAAAAUAUCCAACAUUUCAAUAAUUUGAAAUUCAAAAGGAUGCAAUACGCAAUUUUUCCAGCCCCGUUUUUCAAUGUCCAAAAUAAGUGUUUGUGUAAGACUAAAUAUACUAGUUUUUUAAAAAGCACAAAUUUUGUAUGAAAAUUAAUAUUCCAACUUUGCAUUCAGAUAUACCCAAAAAUUGCUAAGGUAAAAUAUGUUUUAACAAAAACACUAAGAAACCUAAAUAUUUCAAUAUCUAACCAUGCAACGAGACAGUUGAAUUCAUUAAUAGCAAACCCAUAUAACUCCAUCAUUGGCAAACAAUCAGUAUUCUACAACGGAAUCAUUUUAUAUAAUUCAUUACCUUAUGAUUUGAAACAUAUUGAUGAUGAAACAAGAUUCAAAGUCAAUAUGAAAAAAUAUAUACUCAUGACACAAUAAACGGAGCAAUUUAUUCUCAUUUGAAUACUUGGAAUGGUUUUAUUUUAAUUAUUAUGUUAUAUUGACAUAACUUAUUAAUUAGUUUUUUUUUUAUUGUUUUAUAUAUAUAUAUAUAUCAUAUGUUUAUGUAUCCCUAUUAUAAACAAAUAUGUUUCUUGGGGUAAUAAAGAACAACAACAACAACAA